AUGGCCUUACGCAGCAACAACAGCUGGCUCGGCGAUAAUAGAGAGGAGGAUCUCACCGAGCGAUUCGAGCUUGUACACCAGAUCCGAAAUACAAUCCUUAACCAUGAGAGCAUCAAGAGGGAGCGCUACAAAAUCGAGUUCCUCCAGAAGAAAGAAGUCUGGGCACACCUUUUCGUCCUGAGCUUGCCGCGUCUCCGAAGCUUUUUAGCGGAGGUGCAAGGCGCCGGCAGCGACAACCUGGUCUACACUCUCAACCGUUCAUUCAAAGAGAUGGAUGCCCUCAUCUUGCUGUUUCGGGGUCCGAAGGAAGAAUGGAUCAAAACCGGUAGUAUUUCACGAAGCAAUGCUGAGAGAAUCGCGACUGCCCAGAGAGAUGUCGGGAGAUGUGCUUUUACGGGCUACACACAAGGCGAGAAGUGUCAUAUUCUCCCAUUCUGGACUCUUAACCGACCGCGCUGUUGCGAUGCGCUUGAUGCUGCUGUUGCGGUGUACGGCCUUGCACGAAUUCAAAUGCUUAAGGCUAAGCUCGUCGAUCCUGAGACCAACAUUGUCGACACCUCCAGAAACAUGAUCACGUUGCACCCCAUGCUGCACAAGUAUUGGGACCGUGGACUUGUUGGUUUGGAGCCCGUCACUCUCUUGUACGAAGAGGACAAGAAAGAAGAACCUGUCAUUGCGGGUCCCUCGACUCUUUCAAGGGUCGCUAGCGAGAGACCCGACGAGAAGAGCGGAGCGCCGGAUUCCUCAAGGUCUACGAGAUCUGGUACCAGUGUACUCAGCGAUGGUUCCCAGAUCACGCCUUCCAAUAAGUCCAAGAGAACCAGCGAGGGCAAGGGCAAGGGCAAGGAGAGGGGGGUGGAGCUGCCGCAGGGAAUCAAGCCUACCAAGGAAGACGGUGAGCGCGCAAGGAAGGCGAUCGGUAUUCGAGUUCAACUCCACUGGCUACAAAGGACGAUGGGCUUGACGCCGGACAAUAUUCCAACGAACCUGGCUGAGUUAUGGCGGACUUGGAGAGGGUGGGACGACGACUACGUUGUUCACGACAAGGAUGCCCGACCAGUCGACGAUGGCCAGAUCGUCGACAUCUUCGAUACCACAGACGCCAAAGCCCCCGAUUUCGAUAUUCUGAAAUUGCAGUUCGACGUUUUCCGCAUGCAGGCCUUGUCUGGCAGGGCUGACCCGGUCAUCUAUGCCCCCGAUUGGUACUACGAUGACGAUGGGGAAAUUGUUCCAGAUCCCAUGCCAGGAAAAGAAGAGGCUGUCCGGGAACAUGAGGUUCGGGAGGCGCGUGAAAUUCAGGAGGCUCAGAAGGCUAUGCAGGCUUGA